AGCACAUUCUAGUGAGCGAAACUCUUAUAAAAAGCACUCAACGUUGGCACCAUGGAUUGAAGAAAGCAACAACGAUGAAGCCGAUCGACGAUAAACAAGAGACGGUGACGAUAAGAGCGGUGAGCCACGACGAGGAAGGGAGAAAGAGGGUGGAGAAGACGGAGCUGAACACGCACAAUAUCGACACCGUCAAGUACGUCGAGAAGAAGCUGAUCAACAAGGGCGUCCAGCGACAGGAGCGCCACCCCGCCGACGGCAUCGGCAUCGGGAGGCCGCCGCCGAAGUCCGGCCACGGCGGGAAGUUCACCUGGGAGGGCCCCGCCAACGAGGCCGAGAGCCACCUGAUGGCGGCGCCGGCGGCCAUCGACGAGGGGGAUCCCAACUACGUGGAUGAGGAAGAAGAGAAGGCGUCGUCGGAGUUGGUUGUUGGAGAGGUUGAAGUGGCUAAGGCUGCUGAGGAACACGAAGGGGUUGCAAGAAUUGACGUUGACCCUCGAUUGCAAGUCAACUAACCAAGCAUGCAUGCUCUCGUCUAUCACUUUCAUUUCCUAUGUUAAUCUUCGGAGCUAUGGGUUUUUUCUUCUACGAAAUGUAAAUUUCUAUUUUGUCAUACUAGAUCAAACUACUGAGUCACUUGUAAUACUUGUUUUCCUUUCAAAAUAAAUUAAUCUUGUCUUCUAUCUCA